UCCUCCCCCCGGUGUGUUUUUGUUGGGGAGGGGGGGCGGGGGGAAGUUGGUCCGAGUUUGGUUCGCGUAAAUGUGGCCUUUCCUUCGCUAUUGUAGUUAAAAUGUGAGUGUGGCUCUUUAUCUUAGCCGAAAGAGCGACGGGCCGGUUUUUUGUUGUUGUUUUUUUUUGACGAGGUGGGCUUCGAGCUAAGGCAGGGGAGGGGAAAGGAAAAAAAAAAAAAAACGAAAUCUCAGAGGCCACCGACCAUCGUUUCACCUCUGCCGUCUCGUUAGCCGCCUAGCCUGCUAGCUGGCUCAACUUUUGUCGGCUUCGGCGAGGACCAACAACAGCAACAAGAAGAAAAACAGCCGCGGACAUGGCGGAAACCAAAAUAAUCUAUCACAUUGAUGAAGAGGAGACGCCGUAUUUGGUGAAGAUACCCAUCGGCGCCGAAAGUAUCACUCUGCUGGAUUUCAAGCAAGUCUUGAACAAGCCCAACUACAAGUUCUUCUUCAAAUCUAUGGACCAAGACUUUGGGGUCGUGAAGGAAGAGAUUUCGGAUGACGGCGCCAAGUUGCCGUGCUUUAACGGUCGUGUGGUGUCCUGGCUGGUGUCUUCUGAUGCUCCAGCGCCCGAGCCUGCCGCCCCAGCGGCGCUCCCCCCCGCGGAGACGUCCGCCCAGCCUUCGCCCCCUCCGCCGCCCCUGCCGCCCCCGCCUGCAGAGAGGACCGGCGGCAUUGGAGACUCCAGACCGCCCUCCUUCCAUCCCAACGCGACGGGCAGCGUGGAGACUUUGGACGAGCAGACCGAAACAGAGUCAGUUGUUUCCUUCAGGAGAGAGAGACCUCGGCACAGGGAGAGCGUGGAGCAGCACGGGCCUCGCAUGAACGGCCAGAGUCGCCUGGAGCGGCACUUGGCAGGCUACGAGAGCUCCAGCACGAUGAUGAGCAGCGAGCUGGAAACCACUAGCUUCUGCGACUCCGAGGACGACGACACCAUGAGCAGGUUCAGCAGCGCAACAGAACAGAGCACGGCCUCGAGACUCUUGAAACGGCAUCGACGACGCAGGAAACAGCGCCCGCCUCGCUUGGAGAGGGCUUCUUCCUUCAGCAGUGUGACAGAUUCCACAAUGUCCUUGAACAUCAUCACUGUCACCCUGAACAUGGAGAAGUACAACUUCCUGGGCAUCAGCAUCGUGGGCCAAAGCAACGAAAGGGGCGACGGCGGCAUCUACAUCGGCUCCAUCAUGAAGGGCGGCGCCGUGGCCGCGGACGGACGCAUCGAACCUGGUGACAUGCUGUUGCAGGUCAACGACAUCAACUUUGAGAAUAUGAGCAACGACGACGCCGUGCGAGUGCUGAGGGAGAUUGUGCACAAGCCGGGGCCCAUCAUCCUCACUGUGGCCAAGUGCUGGGACCCCUCCCCGCAAGGUUACUUCACUCUGCCGCGUAACGAACCCAUCCGGCCAAUUGACCCAGCAGCAUGGGUCAGCCACUCGGUAGCCAUGACUGGCGCCUACCCGGCCUUCCCGGGCAGCUCGUCCCUCAGCACCAUCACCUCCUCCUCCUCCGUCAUAGAGACCGAGCGUGAGCGUCCGGCGAUAAUACCUUUUGGCGUUGACGUGGUUCAGUUUCACACGAGCGUCAUCUGGCUGUGGCUUGAAAAUGUCUUCAAUCUCUCCACAGGAUUCGACGACUUCAAUUUGUCGCUGCACUCUGACAUGGCGUCCGUCGCCAAGGCCAUGGCCUCGCCGGAGUCGGGGCUGGAAGUACGGGACCGCAUGUGGCUCAAAAUCACCAUCCCCAACGCGUUCCUCGGCUCGGACGUGGUGGAGUGGCUGUUCCACCACAUCGAGGGAUUCCAGGACCGCCGUGAAGCCAGGAAGUAUGCCAGCAAUCUGCUGAAGGCCGGCUUCAUUCGUCACACGGUCAACAAGAUCACCUUCUCGGAACAAUGCUAUUAUGUCUUCGGGGACUUAAGUGACUGUGAGAAUUAUAUGGCCAACCUGUCCCUGAACGACAACGACGGCUCCAGCGGGGCGUCAGACCAGGACACCUUGGCGCCGCUGCCCCUGCCCGGGGCGUCGCCGUGGCCCAUGAUGCACACGUUCCCCUAUCAGCCCUACGCCGCCCACCCUUACUCCAGCCAGCCGCCCCCGUACCACGAGCUCACCAGCUACAGCUACACCCCCGGAAGCACCGGCAGCCAGCACAGCGAAGGGAGCCGAAGCAGCGGCUCGACGCGGAGCGAAGGCGAGCGGCGCCGCGGCGGCAAAGGGUCCGGCAGCACGGUGGGCGGCGGGGAGAAGUCUCCGUGCGGGGGAGACGGCGGCGGGGGCGACUCGCGCUCCGGCAGCGGCAGCGAAUCGGAAUACUCCACCCGCAGCAGCUUGAGGCGGGGCCACGGCUCGGCCGCUCCCAGCGAGCACAGCCACGCCUCGUCCCAGCGGUCGCAUCAUCACCGCAUGCCGCAGCCCCCCCACAUGUCGCCCUACCCCCCGGGCAUACUGCCUUACAACCCCAUGAUGGUGAUGAUGGUACCCCAGCACCCGCACCCGGCCAUGGCGGGCGCUCACGCCCUUCCGCACGCCCAGCAGCUCCCCGCGGCCCCCGCCCACCCGACUCUGCCGCCGGCCCUCUCUUCGGCUUCCGCCGGACCCCCCGGCGCGCCGCCCACCCGCGACUUGGGCUCCGUGCCCCCCGAGCUGACCGCGUCCCGCCAGUCCUUCCACCUGGCCAUGGGCAACCCCAGCGAGUUCUUCGUGGACGUCAUGUAGUCGUCACGGCGACGGCUGACCGCCCGCGCGACGCUCCCGCUGGUUUUGGCGCUCGUUCGUUGUGCCCCUCGCGAGGGCCGAUUGGAUCGAGGGCACUUGUAAUGAAUUUGGUGAGAACAGGGUUACGUAUUGACAAAAUAAGAUGUUCAACCAGUGAAUGUGCAAGUUAAGAUAGUAGUCUCAUCUGAUUCAGUCCGACUCCAGUUCUGGAACGUAUCAACCUUAGCGCGCCUUUUCGGGACGCUGCUCAAUGCCUCUUUGUCCCGUCGUUUUUCAAACACCAAGGCAAUCCAGAACGUGCGCAAAUCUCUUGAACACGAAAGGUUACAAAGUCCCGCACGAAGGAUUAGAUCCUUUCGGGACGCCGUUUUUGAGUGCCGUACUUGGUGCAUUGGUAUUAACGCUCCAGGCGGGUACGUGGCGUCAUUCUUCGAAAGAUUUGGUUUUUUUACGGCAUUGUUUGACAAUGAAACGCGUACGCAUCUUCCUCCGUUUCAACACGCGACAACCGAGCUCUAGCGCGAAAGACAAAAAGGUCCAAAAAAAAUCAAAAAAAUAGCUCGUCAACUUUUGUGUUCUGUUGUCACGUAUCGAAUUGUGAAGUGUACUGUACGUUGGCUGCUUUGUGGUACAAGUUGGUAAAAACAAAACCAUGCAGAUAGCGGUACUGGGGGAGUAAUACAUUGUAGAUUUUAAGUUACUGUGAUCCACAAUUCUGUUCUUGUUUUGUGUUACUGACUCACAUUAUUCCCACAUUUCAUUUUUUUUUUUUUUUUUGUACGAGUGACUAUAUAGAUUUUGUAUAACCCAAAUAUCAAGGUGCGAAAUGAAAAGUCAUCGUUGGAGGUGUGAGAUUGCAUGUCUCAUUGAUUUCAUAUUGUCACCUUUUGUGUCAAAAGAAUAAAACUUGAUUUUGUCGCUCUA